AUGCCAGUUUUUUAUGGCCCCUUACCACUAAGUCGACUAAAUACAGAAACAAGACACGGCUUCGAAGACCAAUACACUGGUGAACAGUUCCUAGAAUCAUUACCUAAUGGAUUUAUAUUCUACUAUGAUGAUAAGCGUCAUAGGAGUGGUGGGAAUCCGGUACCUGAAGAGGUCAAACGAAAAGAUGAGAACAACUAUUACCAACCGAUUACAGAUUGGAAGAUUAUUAAGGAAAGGCAGAAAACGGUUUCUGCAGCAUUAUUAUUGUGUUUGAAUAUUGGAGUGGACCCUCCAGAUGUUAUAAAGACCCAUCCAUGUGCAAGGCUUGAAUCUUGGGUUGAUCCACUAAAUUUCCAGGACUCAAAGAAGGCGAUUGAGCAAAUAGGGAAAAAUUUGCAAGCUCAAUACGAGACGUUAUCACUUAGAACCAGAUAUAAGCAAAGUCUCGAUCCUUGCGUUGAAGAUGUGAAACGAUUUUGCAAUUCACUUCGGCGUGCCUCAAAGGGUGAGCGGAUUUUAUUUCAUUAUAAUGGCCAUGGAGUUCCCCAACCAACUCCGUCCGGAGAAAUCUGGGUAUUCAAUCGUGGCUACACACAGUAUAUCCCAGUUUCACUAUAUGAUUUACAGACAUGGUUGGGAGGACCUUGUAUUUAUGUUUGGGAUUGUAAUAGUGCGGGAAAUAUUAUUAUGAAUUUCCAGAAGUUCGUGCAAAAAAGGAUAAAAGAUGACCACGAAGGUAAUCAUGAUAUGGAAGCGCCUUCUUCUACCCAGUCUUAUCUGGAAUGUGUUCAUUUAGCUGCAUGCUCUGCAAAUGAACUUCUCCCUAUGAAUCCUGAAUUACCAGCUGAUCUAUUUACUUGCUGUUUGACAGAUCCGAUCGAAAUAUCUGUGAAAACUUUCUUAAUGCAAUCCCCAUUAAAGGAUACUAAAUAUUCAAUUCUCUUCCAGAACGAUAAUUCGAGGUAUGGUAAUGAGAAUAGGAACCGUAUGCCAAACAUUUCUAUACCGGGGAAGCUAUCGGAAAGAAGGACACCUUUGGGUGAGUUGAAUUGGAUUUUCACAGCUAUUACAGAUACAAUUGCAUGGACUUCAUUACCACGCCAGCUUUUUAAGAAACUAUUCAGGCACGAUUUAAUGGUUGCCGCUUUAUUUAGGAAUUUUCUACUUGCAAAAAGAAUUAUGCCCUGGUAUAAUUGUAAUCCAAUUUCCGACCCCGCUCUUCCAGAUUCAAUUGCACACCAUUCGAUGUGGAAGUCUUGGGAUCUGGCCAUUGAUGAAGUACUAACCAAAAUUGUUGAAGAUAUGCAAAAUAAUUUUGAUACGAAACCUACAAAAUUGGAGGCUCAAGUUCUUCUUCAACAGCGUUCUGGCCAGUCGCGAUCUGAUGCAGCAACAACUGUUAUUCCGGAUUCUUUGCACUCACGCAAUGCGAUGGGAAACUUAAGUACAAUGUCAUUAUCAAAUAUGAACAAGGCUUCGAGCACACCUUCAAUACAGAGUCCAUCUACAUCAUCAUUAAAUCAAGGACAAUCACAACAACAAGUCACCAACUUCUUCGGUGAAAACUUGACGGCUUUUGAGUUAUGGUUAAAAUAUGGUGCCAACACUAGACAUCCACCAGAACAGUUGCCGGUUUUAUUGCAGAUACUGCUUUCGCAAGUACAUCGGGUAAGAACAUUGGUACUAUUGUCUCGUUUCCUAGAUUUGGGGCCUUGGGCUGUGUACUUGUCUCUAUCGAUUGGUAUUUUUCCAUACGUUUUGAAGCUACUGCAAAGUCCAUCCCAGGAACUAAAACCAAUAUUAGUAUUUAUAUGGGCCAGAAUUAUGUCUAUUGAUUACAAAAACACCCAAACAGAAUUGAUAAAGGAGAAGGGUUAUCUAUAUUUUGUUAAGAUGUUGAUUCCAGAAUGGGGCGUAUCGGUACCAAAUUCUAACACCAUGGGGAGUCCUCUUACCAUUAACAUACCAGGAAGUCCAGCUGCUCAACGGCUUACAGGGCAGCAAUUAAGCCCGGCAAAUGCCGCUGUAGUCAUCAAUAAUACAACUGAUGAACAGAAAGCGAUGGCAACUUUUGUUUUGUCAUCUUUCGUUCAUGAAUUUCCUAUGGGCCAAAAGUAUUGUUUUAGCGAGGAGUUGGUUCACAAGUUAUGCUAUUAUAUUGAUAAUUCUGAGGUUCCCUUGCUUAGACAAUGGUGCGUUAUUCUACUUGGCCAGCUUUAUCUCCAUAAUCCACUCCAUAAAUUUAUUUGUCUACAGGAAGAAUGUCUGGAACGCAUUCUGAAAUCUUUGAAAGAUCCCAUACCAGAAAUUCGUUGUGCAGCGCUUUUAACAAUGAAUUACUUCUGUGCGGAGUAUGAUGAGUCCGAGAUGGUACUAAAACUAUACCAAGAGUCUCAACAAUCACAAUCUACUAUGGCCCAAUUACAACAUAUUGACAUGAAGCUGUUAAAGCGUGAGGAGAUAAAGAUACUUUCCGCAGCGUUGCUAUUAGUUAAUGAUGGAUCACCGAUUGUUCGCAAGGAGUUGAUUAUCUUUAUUUCACAUGUUGUGAGUAAAUAUAGGUCAUUUUUCAUUGUUAUUGCUUUUAAUGAGCUUCGAGAAGAAAUAGCUGCGCUAGAUUACGAUAACAAUGAUUCUAACGACAUAGACGUGAAGUCAACAGUAGGACACGGUUCCAUCUUUAACACACUAUGGAAAUCAUUGCUCAUACUAGCUGAGGACCCUUUCCAUGAAAAUAGUGCUUUGGCAUGUGAUGUCAUCGAUUACAUUCUGGUUCAUCUAAAUUCGCAUCAAGAUUUGGGUGCAAUCGUCAUGGAAAUGGAAAAAUACUUAUUAAAAAGGACUGCCAGUGCUCAAUUGAAUGGCUCAUAUGGUCAAGGAAUUAAUGCAGCAACAAAACUCCCAACGCCAAAAAGACCUAUUAGUUUAGGGGCAUAUGAUAAGAAUGAUAAGCAAAAGAAUCCUGGUCAGCAAACUAGCUCUAACAGCAGCCAGCGCAGUUUUUCGUUAAGUGGAUUGCUUAAAAGCUUAAGGCUCGCUUCUGAUGAGCAACCCUCAGAUCCACUCACCAAUGGAAAUAAGCGUCAGCAUUUGCCAAUGGCAAGCAUGUCAUAUGGGCUUGAGUCCAAAGUUCCUACUCAGCGGUUUAAGAAAAGCACAGAGCCGAACUCGAUGCCACUGAAAAGUUCAUUUUUAGAUUACUCAAGAGAGUAUUUCCAGGAGUCUCAAAUGAAAAGAAAUGAGGCAGAUGAACCAGGUAGUGUUGAGUACACAGCACGUGUAUGGAGGAGAAAUAGAAACGAAAAUAUUAUUCAAGUUACUCAAAAUCAGAAAGAGCUAUCAUUAUAUGGAGAUUGGACAGAGAAGAAAUUAACCAUCGAUAAUAAAUCACAACCUAAACUACUUCGCUUUACUCAAUUUGAAAAUUAUAUUGUUACAUCUGACGAUAGAGAUAAAAUCAAUGUCUAUGAUUGGGAAGAAAGUAAGCGGUUGUGCAAGUUUUCUAAUGGAAAUCCUUUUGGUACUAAAAUUACUGAUAUGAAAUUUAUCAACGAAGAUGAUACCCCAUUGUUAUUGACAGGUUCAUCAGAAGGGGUCGUUAAGAUAUAUAAAGAAUUUAACUCAUCGGAAAAUAUUGAGAUGAUAUCAGCUUGGAGGGGUUUAACAGACUUACUUUUGACACCAAGAUCGACUGGUUUGCUAACAGAAUGGCAGCAAAGCAGGGGUUCCUUAUUAACCACAGGAGAUGUGAAAAUAAUAAGAAUUUGGGAUGCUUUAACAGAGUCCAUUGAGGUAGAUAUUCCGGCUAAAUCUUCAGCUUUGAUAACUUCUUUGACCUCUGAUCAACUUGCAGGUAAUAUAUUUGUAAGUGGGUUUUCGGAUGGAACUAUAAGAGUCUAUGAUCGGCGUAUUGACCCUAGGGAUUCGAUGAUCAGAUUGUGGAAGUCCAACGGUGGCAAGCAAAUGUCAUGGAUUAACAACGUUCAUUUACAGCGGGGUGGCUAUAGAGAGCUUGUUAGUGGCACAAGCACAGGUAUUGUGGAAUUGUGGGAUAUAAGGUCUGAUCAACCUGUGAUAUCGUUUACCGAUAACGGGCAAGGUAUUAACGCUAACUCUCCUCAAACUAAGGCAACAACAAUGACUUCUUUACAGCUCCAUGAACAUGCUCCAGUAUUAGCUACUGGUACUAAGCACAUUAAAAUAUGGACAACUUCGGGUGACUUGCUCAGUACCUUUAGGAAUAACGGAUCAUCACACGCAAAUAGUGUCGCUGGUACAUUAGCAACGGGUAUCAGUGGAUCUCGGUCACCUAAUUCAUUUAUUUCAUCAAUGGCUUUUCAUCCUCAUCGGAUGUUUUUAGCUGCGGUAAAUUCUCAUGAUACAAACAUCAAUAUUUAUGAAUGUCGGGGUAGCAAAAAUGACUACAUAGUCUAUUAA